AUGGCACUGCCCUCGGCUCCAGACGCUGACCAUAACUCGGCUAAUCUGGAUCAUGGCGAUUUCAAAUUCAAUGCGGAGUUGGACGGCCUGGCGAUCCCUCCUCUCGACCCACAGUUUUUCUCAUCGGACGACGGCAUGGCCACCGUGCCGUCCGAUACGUUCAUGUCCGAUCUCGGAUUUGGGUUCGGUUCCGAUGACAAUUGCGACUACGAGCUCACCUUCGACGACUUGGACAACCUCUACCUCCCAUCGGAAGCCGAUGACUUCCUCAUCCCCGACGGCUUAGAUCCCGGCGGUACUGCGUUGAAUUCGGGGUCUCCUGAAUCGGGUAGCUCCGCAAUAUCAAUUUCCGGCGAUGUUAAGGGGGGUUCCGAUGUCUCCGGAUUUCUGAAUUGUCCCUCAUCAAACGAGUCUUCUGAAAAUUCCAAUGGGCCUGAGAAUUCCGGCGGGCCUGAGAAUUCCGGUGGGGCUGUGUCGUCUCAGGGCUCUGGGAUUUCGGAGGCAGUUAACUCCACUUGGCAUUCUGGAAAUUCGGGUAAUUCUGUUUCGUCCAAUGCCAUUUCUGAUGCGGAUGAUGAGAAGGUUAAGAUGGAGGACGAAAUUGUGAAAAAUUGCCUUGUGAAAAGGAAGAAAGUGAGUGACGAAGGCAACGUGGAGUCGAGAAGUGCCAAAUAUCGGAGGUCAGACAACAACAACGCUUCUGUGGAUGCGAAUGCGAAUGGGAAUGAUGAGGAAGAGAAGAGAAAGGCCAGGUUGAUGAGGAACAGAGAGAGUGCUCAGCUUUCUAGGCAGAGGAAGAAGCAUUAUGUCGAGGAGCUUGAGGAUAAGGUGAGGGCAAUGCAUUCCACUAUUGCUGAUUUGAAUACUAGGAUUUCAUAUGUUAUGGCCGAAAAUGCCACCUUGAAGCAGCAAUUGUGCAGUGGUAGCGGCGCCAUGUGCCCACCACCACCACAUGCAGGGAUGCACCCUCAUCCGCCCAUGCCACCAAUGGCUUAUCCAUGGAUGCCCUAUUCGCCCUAUGUUGUGAAGCCACAAGGGUCCCAGGGCCUUUUGGUACCCAUUCCUCGAUUAAAAUCCCAGCAGCCAGUGGCUGCGCCCAAGUCCAAAAAGUCAGAAACUAAGAAGACUGAGGGUAAAACUAAGAAGGUUGCUAGCAUUAGUUUUCUGGGUCUGUUGUUUUUUAUCUUGCUUUUUGGUGGACUUGUUCCUAUGGUGAAUGUUUAUUUUGGUGGUGUAACGGACAGAGGUCCUGGUGGGUCUGCCUACGUUAGUGAUAGGUUCUAUGAUAAAAACAGAGUGAGGGUUCUAACAGUUCAUAGUAAUUUGAAUGGAUCUGAAGAAAAUAUAGGUUCAGGAAUAUCUGGGGGGAAAUUUGAUAUCUCUAACAAAAUUCAUCAUGAGAGGGGUCAUAUGCGGAAAGAAAAGGAAUGUGGGCAGAAAGAACAAGGGUCACAACCAAUACCGGUUUGUGAUGAAUUUGUUCGUCUGGGAAAUACUAGUGGCGAGCCACUUGUUGCUUCUUUGUAUGUUCCAAGAAAUGAUAGGCUUGUCAAGAUUGAUGGAAACUUGAUUAUUCAUUCGGUCCUGGCCAGUGAGAAAGCCAUGGCAUCCCAUGGGCAUUCUGAAAAGAAAAAUAGUAGGGAGACUGGUUUGGCUGUGGCUAAAGAUUUAGUUUCAGCAUUAGCUAUUCCUGAAGCUGGAGGCAACAGAGGGAGAGUUUCUCCCUUAUACAGAAAUUCUGCUGGGCCACACAAGGCCCUUACAGCUGGUUCAACUGAUGUUUCGAAGGACCAUAAGAAGUCAACUGCAGCUGAUGGUAAACUGCAACAGUGGUUCCGUGAAGGUCUUGCAGGACCAAUGUUGAGUUCGGGAAUGUGCACUGAAGUGUUCCAGUUCGAUGUCUCUGCCGCUUCCCCGUCAGGAGGUAUAAUUCCUGCAUCUUCAGUUUCCAAUGUUUCUGAACACCGUCAGAAUACUACAGAGCUUAACAGGGGAAGGAAUAGGAGGAUCCUCCGUGGUCUCGCAAUUCCCCUUGCUGGAUCCAAUCAUAAUGUUACUGAAGAAAAUGUGACAAGAAAUCCACCAAACAACAGCCUGCCUAGUAAUAGAUCUGUAUCUUCUUCCAUGGUUGUCUCUGUUCUUGUUGAUCCUAGAGAGGCUGGUGAUAUUGAUGUGGAUGGCAUGAUCAAACCGAAAUCACUUUCCCGCAUUUUCGUUGUGGUGCUUUUAGACAGUGUGAAGUAUGUCACCUACUCAUGCGUGCUCCCUCGAUCUGGUCCUCACCUUGUGACUACUUGA